GGGGUGGUACCUCCACCACGCCCUAUUCGAAGGAGGAGGAAGAGAAGAGGGUCGCCAUACUGAGAAAGAGAAAAGAGAAAAAAAAGGCCAAGAAGAAGGCCCUACAGGAGGAGUAGGCGGCCAAGCUGAAGAAGAUAGAGGAAGAGAUGGCCAGGGAGAAAGAGAGAUUGAAGAAGGAAGAAGAGCAGAAGCUGAAAGAAGUGGAAGAGGAAGAGGAAGAAGAUGAAACGCCACUGCAAAGAAAGAGAGGGCAGUACAGUGGCAGCAGAGAUGAGGAGAUGGAAAAAUGGAUUUCGGAGUGGGUCGCCAAUUUAUCUUUGGGUGAAGAAGAAGAGGUGGUGAUGUAUAUUUCCAAGGAUGACCAGGAGGCCGCUAUGAGAGCAUGGAACGCAGAAGAAGAUGUCAUAAAGCAGCAGGCGUUGGAAGAUGAGAAAAGGAUGGAAUGGAAGCUGGGAGUGAUGAGGGAGAAGAAGAGGAGAGUGGACGCGGCAGCGGAGGCGGCAAAAGAAUUGGAGGAGGUACAAAAGAUAGAAGAGCGAUUAGCCGUCCAAACUGAACUCCCAAAGCAAAUGCAAGUCAUAGCCCGAAACGUUGCAUGCCUAGCACGGAUCAAGGCGGAGCAGUAUGACUUUAGUAGGAGUCAGCAUAUAGCAGUGCGUUCGAUACGAUUGGGAUUUCGGGACUUUGCUCGUGGAGGCCGAGGUCUCCCCGGAUCUAAGCGCAUUGCGAUCCAUGCGCUUAGAGAUGAGGCCGCCAACUUUGCGAGGUCCCUGGUUCGUGCUGCGAACUGCAAUGAGGAUCCAGUUGCCUACUCGUCCUUCACCUCCCUCACAGAGUUUAUGAAAUUGCUGCGCGAGCAAUUUGCUGAUGUCGCUCGUAGUGUUAAAGCCUCAGACAGGCUGCAGAUGAUCCACUCUUGCAAGUGGAAAAGUGUCAGGGCACUUAAGAGUACAAUGGAUGAGCUUGUAGCUGUUCCGGACCAUGGGGUCACAGAGACCCAAUUGGUCGGCCUCUUCUACCGCGCUAUGCCUGAAGCCUUUCGAGGGCACUUCUUUGCGAAGAGCGAAGACCCUGCCACUACUUACGAUUCCCUUAGUCGCGAAGUGGUGACUUUUGAAGCCAAGUCGGCGUUUGUGUCCACUUUCUGGCCCAAGGACUUGGACAAGGGUAAGCAAUGGAAGGGUCGCACUAUCUCGGGACAAGUGAAGACUAAGGAUAGUCUUGUCCUAACCUUAGAUGAGGGUAGUGUGGAUGAGAUCCCCUACGAUCAGAUUGAGUGGGGGUUGAAGGACGAGGACAGCGGCGUGGGCCAGGGGAGAACUUACGUUGCUGUCGCGGCUGGAGGGAGGCCGCAAGGAGGAGGACGAGGCCAGGGCCGAGGGGGCCGGGCCUCAGGGAGCCGGUUUCAGGGCGAUCAGGGGGUUGGCGGCAGAGGAGGAAACCGCCAAGCGGGAGGAAGGGGUCAAGCGAUUAGAGAUUGGCCCACACCGCGCACGCUGACCGAGUUGCGGUCGUUUUUGGGCUUAGCUAACUACUAUACGAAGUUCGUGAGGAACUUCUCCAUUAUCGCCGCACCCCUUCGCAGACUGCUCAGGAAGGAGACCAUCUGGAAGUGGGAUAAGGACUGCACAUCUGCUAUGAAGAAGUUGAAGCAAGCCUUAAUAGAAUAUCCAGUCCUUAAGGUAGCCGAUCCGUCCUUGCCCUUUGUCGUUACUACGGAUGCUAGUCAGUACGACAUAGGUGUAGUGUUGCAGCAAGAUGAUGGCAAUGGUUAUAGACCCGUAGAAUUCAUGUCGCCUAGGAUGCCUUCAGAGAAGGUGGCGACAUCUACCUAUGAGAGGGAACUCUACGCUCUCAGGCAAGCGGUAGACCACUGGAAACACUACUUGCUUGGGAGGCACUUCAAAGUCUAUUCUGACCACGAGACAUUGCGAUGGUUAAAGACGCAGGCCAAAAUGACACCUAAGCUUACUAGUUGGGCCGCUGAGAUAGAUCAAUACGACUUUGAGCUCAAGCCAAUCAAGGGAAAGUAUAACGUAGUCGCGGAUGCUCUUAGCAGGAGAGCUGAUUACUUUGGGGCAAUAGUGCAUUACCUAGAUAUAGGGAAGGACCUGCAGCAGAGGAUUAGAGAAGCCUAUGCGCAGGACCCUAUCUAUAGUGACCUCCUCAAGAGGGUCAAGGAGGCCCUAGAGACAGAGCCGAACUACCGCACUACUGAAGGGUUGCUCUUUGAGAAGACUAAUGUGUUUGACCGCCUGUGCAUCCCCAAUAGUGAAGAGGUCCGUAGUCUGAUCUUGGGAGAAUGCCAUGACACAGAGGGUCAUUUUGGUUGGCAAAAGACUUUAUCCAAUCUGAUGCGCGCAUAUACGUGGCCAGGGAUGAAGACUGACUGCGUAGAGUAUGUCCGCAGUUGCAAAGUUUGCCAGCGUAAUAAGAGUAGGACGCGCGCACCGCUAGGUCUUCUCAGACCCUUACCCAUUCCAGAUCAGCCGGGAGACUCAGUGUCCAUCGAUUUUAUGGACACCCAAUUCAAGAGUAGGCAUGCCAAGGAUAUCAUUGACUUCCCGGACCUUGAGUGUGUUAAGGUCCACCAGGAACGUCUCCGCCUUAAAGAGCGCACCCUGUCUGCAAUGUCUCAGCGCCUACACAACCGCGACCGCACCUUACCGAUUAUUCCAGUGCGCCUCGGGACCUCUACUAGAGUGUAUCGCGCACUAUGGGACUUUGGCUCUACUGGCGACUUCAUUCAUCCUCGCGUWGUUAAGGAGGCAUCUCUCUAURCAUCCSCCUACCCUUCCACUGUCACUGUCACGCUUGGCGACAAUCAGGCCAAAUCAUUCGUCGAUUCAGUGGUGCCUGAUCUUCCAUUCUCCUUCCCCUUGCGGAUGCCCCACAACCUUCGCAAGGCCCCUCGGUUCCAUGACCAGUGGACCUUCGACAUCAUGGAAACCCUAUAUGAUCUUGUUCUCGGCACUGCCUACUCCCAUCAGUUUGCCCAUGCUGGCCCCGAUUGGACCCACAACGACCUCGUCCUCGACACCAAGGAUGAGAAGCAGUACCGUAUUCCGUUGUUGGGCAAAUCGGACUCUACACCCCCCUUUCCUGUCAAUGUUGCCAUCUUGAUACCGACUCAGUUCCACCACAUCCUUCGUCAGCCGGAUGUCGAACUCUGCAUUGUCGACAUCACGGAUCUCCUUGUCUGUAACUCUAUGCAUCAGGAUGCUGAGUUGGUCGAGCUCGACCCACCACUCCCUGAGCCUCCCGAGCCUUCUGAUCCUUCAGCCCCCUCAACCCCCUCCACCCCUGCUACCUCAUCUCACUUUCUUGCAUCUUGUUCCACGGAGGCGCCAUCGGUACCUAUUCCCAUACCGACCCCGUCCACCCCUGCUUCAGAUGCCGUUGCAGCCGAGAAGUUUUACAACUUCCUAUCGACUUUGCAGCCUAGCGUUGCGGCCCUCCUUCGCGAGUAUCGCGAUGUUUUUCCUCCGACCGUCUCUUAUAGCAGCAUCCCUCCUAUGCGCGAUAUCGAGCACCACAUCCGGCUCGAACCUAACUACCGUAUUCAGCAUCGCGCCCCAUAUCGCCUCUCGGUCCCCGAAGCCCAGGAACUUAAACGCCAAAUUGACGAGCUACUUCGUCAGGGCUUCAUCAAACCGAGUACCUCCCCAUGGAGUGCACCUGUCCUCUUCGACAGCAAGAAGGAUGACACACUCCGCCUCUGCCUCGAUUACCACGGUCUCAACGAGUAUACGGUCAGAAACAGUUACCCUAUGCCUCGUGCGGAUGAUCUGUUCGACCGCCUCUCAGGCCACCACUUCUUCACGAAGAUCGAUCUUCGUAGCGGAUAUCACCAGAUCCGCGUAGCCGAGGAGGAUGAGCCUAAGACCGCUUUCCGUUCUCGUUUUGGGCACUACGAGUUUACCGUCAUGCCUUUCGGUCUCCGUAAUGCCCCUGCCACCUUCGAGACGGCUAUGAACACGAUGUUCCAAGACCUUCUUGAGGACUCGGUUCUAGUCUACAUCGAUGACAUCCUGGUCUACAGUCGUACCUUAGAGGAGCAUCUGACCCACCUCUGCACUGUCCUCCAGCGAUUACGUGACCAUGGGUUUUAUGCGAAGCUCUCCAAAUGCCACUUCGCUCAACCCAAAGUCGACUUCCUUGGGCAUCAGGUCUCCAAGCACGGACUCCACAUUGACGAUUCGAAGAUUCAGACCAUUGUCGACUGGCCCACUCCUACCUCUCUUCCUGCGCUGCGUAGUUUCCUUGGGUUGACCAACUACUAUGGUAAUUUUCUUAAAAACUAUGCGCAGUAUUCUUCCCAGCUUACCCCCCUGACCCGCGGACGUCUACCUUUUCAUUGGACCCCGGCUCACGAGGAUGCUUUCCGCUCUCUCAACCGGCUUGUCACGUCAGCUCCUAUCUUACACUUACCCGACUACUCGCGUCCAUUCAUCGUCACCACCGACGCAUCUGACUUCGCUAUUGGAGCUGUUCUCUCCCAGAUCUAUCUUGCCCCCUUUACUUCUCCCGAUUCCACAGAGUCUCGCCUCCCUCGCAUUCCUCGCUUCCCUCUUCCACCUCCAGCGACUGCGGCUCAUCUUGCACCCAUCGAGCCCACCCCCCCAGGGGCCCCAUCCCCUUAUAUUCCUGACGUCGCUGAUGACAGUACAGUCGAGUCUAGCAAUGGAGAGUGUCCGGUUGCUUAUCUACCUCGACAGCUACUUCCCGCUGAGCGUAACUACACUGCCGAUGAGUGUGAGGUCUUUGUGCUGGUCUACAAUGUUAAGAAGUGGCGUCAUCAUUUGCACGGUCAUACUUUCACCGUUUUGACGGACAACUCUGUCCUCGCCGCCUUCCAGACGAAGCUUAAGCUCACUUCUCGCCAGGCUCGUUGGUGGCGUGACCUCUCGGAGCUCGAUUUCACCAUCAAGAAGAUUUCUGGCGAAAGCAAUCGUGUUGCAGAUGCCUUAUCCCGCCGCCCCGAACUUCAGUGUGAGGAUCGCCAGCUAUCUGCUAUCUCAGCUCCUACCAUCCACCCCGCCUUUCUGGAUGAGUAUCGCCGCGCAUACACCCAGUGCCCUGAGUUUCGGUCCAUCUACGCCGACCUACAGGCUGGCAAGUCCGUCCCUAACUUCCAGCUUGAUCCCUCUGGACUCCUUUACUGGCUUGGUCGCCAAGGUACCCGCACUCCUCGCUUACGUGUGCCUUCUACUGGCCAGCUCCGCGUUCGGGCUGUCGCUGAGUGUCACGACCAGCGCGCCGCCGCUCAUCUCCGUGUCCUUAAGACACUUGACCGCCUCUACCGCCUUUACUACUGGGAGCAUCGUCGUCCUUUCACCAAGGAGUACGUUCGCACCUGCAGGAUCUGUCAGGAGGCCAACAUUCCCAACCACCCCCCUAUGGUCUUCUUCAGCCCUUACCCAUCCCUACUCAGCGUUGGACUUCUGUCUCCAUGGACUUCAUUGGUCCUCUUCGUCCCCCUACCCCACGAGGCCACGAUGCCAUCUUCGUCGUUGUCUGUCCGUUGACUAAGCAUGCUCACUUCCUCCCUUGCAAGUAUGCUUGUUCAGCCAAAGACAUCG